AGUACAAACACCAGAUGCUCCACCACCAACGAGACGGGCCUCCUGGUUUGGUUCCGAUGGAGCUGGACUCUCCCCCUGAGUCUCCCCCUGUACCGCCCGGGUCCUAUAUGCCCCCCUCUCAAUCCUACAUGCCCCCGCCUCAGCCGCCACCCUCGUACUAUCCCCCGUCCUCGUCUCAGCCCUACCUGCCUCCCGCUCAGCCGUCCCCCGUCGCAGUCCCCACCUUCCCAGCCCUACCUGGCGCCCACCCCUUCUUACUCCUCCUCCUCCUCUUCCUCGCAAUCCUAUUUGAGCCAUUCCCAGUCCUACUUGCCCUCUUCUCAGGCGUCUCCCUCCCGCCCCUCCCAGGGCCAUUCUAAAGGCCUGCUCCCCCCGCCGCCACCGGCCACCCCUGCUGGCCCUAAGACAACUGUCCGGCAAGAGCCUCUGGACAGCGGGGCCAAGAACAAGAGUGCUGAGCAGCAGCAAGCCGCCCCUGAGCCAGAUCCCUCCACGAUGACUCCACAGGAACAACAGCAGUAUUGGUAUCGACAGCACUUGCUCAGUUUGCAGCAGAGGACAAAAGUGCAUUUGCCAGGACACAAGAAGAGUCCUGUGGUAACAAAGGAUGCACCAGAGCCAGUGAAAGAAGAAGCGGCAGUGCCUGCCACCAGUCAGGUUGCAGAACCGCCUUCAUCUGAGGAGCCGCCCUUACCACCUCUGAAUGAGGAGGCACCACCUCCUCUCCCACCUGAGGAACCCCAGUCUGAGGACCCAGAAGAAGAUGCCAGGUUAAAACAGUUGCAGGCUGCAGCAGCACACUGGCAGCAGCACCAGCAACAUCGAGUCGGCUUCCAGUAUCAGGGAAUAAUGCAGAAGCACACUCAGUUACAGCAGAUCCUGCAGCAGUACCAGCAGAUUAUACAGCAGCCACCGCAUAUGCAGACCAUGUCUGUAGAUGUGCAGCUGCGGCAUUAUGAGAUGCAGCAGCAGCAGUUUCAACAUCUCUACCAAGAAUGGGAGCGAGAGUUUCAGCUGUGGGAGGAGCAGCUCCAUUCCUAUCCUCAUAAGGAUCAACUUCAGGAGUAUGAGAAGCAGUGGAAAACAUGGCAGGGGCAUAUGAAGGCCACUCAGAACUAUCUCCAGGAGAGAGUCAGUUCAUUUCAGAAUGUGAAGAACCAGUAUAUGGGGAAUAUGUCAAUGCCACCUCCUUUUGUCCCAUAUUCUCAGAUGCCGCCACCUUUACCAACAAUGCCCCCUCCUGUAUUGCCGCCGUCAUUGCCCCCCCCAGUGAUGCCUCCUGCCCUGCCUACAAGCGUGCCACCUCCUGGCAUGCCCCCGCCUGUGAUGCCACCUUCUCUACCAGCCUCUGUGCCUCCUCCAGGGGUACCUCCAUCUCUCUCUUCAGCAGGGCCACCUCCAGUUCUUCCCCCGCCUUCCCUCUCUUCUGCAGGGCCGCCACCAGUUCUCCCCCCACCAUCUCUUUCUUCAUCGGCACCACCCCCUGUUUUACCCCUCCCGCCGUUGUCUUCAGCUACACCUCCUCCAGGAAUACCUCCUCCUGGAGUUCCACAAGGGAUACCUCCUCCAUUAACAACAGCCCCAAUUCCACCAGCCUCCGGUUCUCAGAGCUCACAGCAUCCAGAGAAGCCUAGACCAGCACUGCUUCCCACUCCUGUGUCUUUUGGUUCAGCCCCACCUUCAGCUUACCAUCCUCCAUUGCAGUCAGAACAAGUGAAUUCUAAAGGUCCUCUGAGCAAGUCUACUCUACCAUACAGCUCAUUCUCAUCUGAGCAAGGACUUGGGGAAUCUUCAGCAGCUCCAUCUCAGCCGAUCACUGCGGCCAAGGACAUGCCAGUGAGGUCAGGUGGACUGCUUCCAGAUCCUCCUAGAAGCAGUUACUUGGAAGGUCCAAGAGGCCCAAGAUUUGAUGGUCCUCGAAGAUUUGAGGAUUUAGGGUCAAGGUGUGAAGGACCGAGACCCAAAGGGCCUCGUUUUGAAGGAAAUCGCCCCGAUGGGCCAAGACCCAGAUAUGAAGGUCACCCAGCAGAGGGCACUAAAAGCAAAUGGGGAAUGAUUCCCCGGGGGCCAGCAUCUCAAUUUUAUAUUACCCCCAAUACAUCCCUAAGUCCUCGACAAAGUGGACCACAGUGGAAAGGCCCCAAACCAGCUUUUGGACAGCAACAUCAGCAGCAGCCUAAGUCACAAGCAGAGCCUCUUUCAGGAAGCAAAGAACCAUUAGCAGACACCAAUAGUAACCAGCAGAAGAAUUUUAAAAUGCAAUCAGCUGCAUUUCCCAUGGCUGCAGAUGUAAAGGAUGCCAAGGCGGCUCAGUCAGAUGAGAAUCUAAGCGACUCUCAACAAGAGCCACCUAAAAGCGAAGUCUCGGAAGGGCCCAUAGAGCCUUCUGAUUGGGACCCGAAUUCUCAAAGUGUGGAGACUCAAAUGGACAAAGCCCAAGCUGUUACUCAGCCUGUAUCUCUUGCAAAUAAACCUGUACCUGCUCAAUCUACUUUUCCCUCAAAAGCUGGGGGGAUGGAGGGAGGAACAGCAGUAGCAACAUCAUCAUCAUUAACUGCAGAUAAUGAUUUUAAACCUAUGGGUAUUGGUCUGCCCCAUCCUGAAAACAACCAAGAUAAAGGUUUGCCCCGGCCAGAUAGCAGAGAUAAUAGGUCAGAAGGCAAUCGAGGCAGCAGCUCAUCUUACAGAGGUCCAGGGCAAAGCAGAAUGGAAGACACUCGAGAUAAAGGACUGGUAAAUAGAGGUCGUGGCCAGCCAAUCAGUCGAGGCCCAGGGUUGGUCAAACAAGAAGACUUUCGUGAUAAGAUGAUGGGCAGGAGAGAAGAUAGUCGAGAGAAGAUGAGCAGAGAAGGCAACCGGGAUAGGGGGCUGAUGAGGCCAGGAAACAGUCGGGAGAAAGUGCCAGGUGGUCUGCAAGGCAGCCAGGAAAGGGGUAGGGCUGGCAGCCGGGAAAGGGGGCUACCUCGGAGGGCCGGUAGUCUGGAGAGAGGACCCCCUCGAAGGGCUGGGAGUAGGGAGAGAGUACCACCCCGCAGAGCUGGGAGCAGGGAAAGGGGACCUCCUCGAGGGCCUGGCAAUCGGGAGAGGGGACUAGGAAGACCAGAUUUUGGUCGUGAUAGAGGUCUAUUCCGACCAGAACCAGGAGAUGGUGGGGAAAAAAUGUAUCCCUAUCACCGGGAUGAGCCUCCGAGGGCUCCAUGGAACCAUGGCGAAGAGAGAGGGCAUGAAGAGUUCCCAUUAGAUGGUAGAAGUGCUCCAAUGGACCGAGAAAGACUUGAUGAUUGGGAUAGAGAUAGAUACUGGAGAGAGUGUGAACGUGACUAUCAAGAUGAUACACUUGAUCCAUAUAAUAGAGAGGACAGGUUCUCAGGGCCUCCAUCAAGGUCUCAUGAUGGAGAUCGGCGAGGCCCUUGGUGGGAAGAUUGGGAGAGAGACCAGGAUAUGGAUGAGGACUACAAUAGGGAAAUGGACAGGGACAUGGACAGGGAUGUGGAUCGAAUUGGAAGACCCAUGGAUAUGUAUGAUAGAAAUCUGGAUAAUGAGUGGGACAGAGAUUAUGGGAGACCACUGGAUGAACAAGAAUCACAGUUUCAUGAACGCGAUAUUCCGUCUCUUCCGCCUUUACCACCCCUCCCACCUCUUCCACCUCUGGAUAGAUAUCGGGAUGAUAGAUGGAGAGAAGAAAGAAAUCGAGACCAUGGGUAUGAUCGAGAUUUCCGUGAUAGGGGUGAGUUGAGAAUUCGAGAGUAUCCAGAAAGAGGAGAUACGUGGCGGGAAAAGCGAGAUUAUGUUCCUGACAGAAUGGACUGGGAAAGAGAACGGUUGUCAGACAGAUGGUACCCAUCUGAUGUGGAGAGACAUUCCCCCAUGGCGGAACAUAUGCCCUCCUCACAUCAUUCCUCUGAAAUGAUGGGGUCCGAUGCAAACUUAGACUCUGAUCAAGGCCUUGGAGGGGUGAUGGUUCUCAGUCAGAGGCAGCACGAAAUCAUUUUGAAAGCUGCACAAGAACUGAAAAUGCUUCGGGAACAGAAAGAACAGCUUCAAAAGAUGAAGGACUUUGGGUGUGAGCCACAGAUGGCCGACCACCCACCACCACAGGAUUCAAGGUUGCAGAACACACCUUCAAGACCCACCAUGUAUCCGCCUCCAGGAUCCUAUAGACCGCCCCCUCCUAUGGGCAAACCACCAGGUUCGAUUGUAAGACCCCCUGCUCCACCAAGAUCAUCUGUUCCUAUGACCAGGCCUCCGGUCCCAAUACCUCCACCUCUACCACCUCCACCUCCGCCUCCGCCUCCUCCUCCAGUGAUAAAGCCACAGACUUCAGCUGUGGAACAGGAACGCUGGGAUGAAGAUUCUUUCUAUGGGCUGUGGGAUACAAAUGAUGAACAAGGAUUGAAUUCAGAAUUUAAGCCUGAAACAGCAUCAAUUCCAUCUGCUCCAGUAUUACCACCCCCACCUAUUCACUCUUCCAUUCCACCUCCUGGCCCAAUGCCUAUAGGUAUGCCACCAAUGUCCAAACCACCACCAGUACAGCAGACUGUUGAUUAUGGCCAUGGUAGAGAUAUAUCCUCUAAUAAAGUUGAGCAGAUACCCUAUGGAGAAAGAAUAACUCUACGCCCAGAUCCACUACCUGAAAGGUCAACCUUUGAUACAGAGCAUGCAGGCCAACGUGAUCGUUAUGAUAGGGACAGAGACCGUGAGCCUUAUUUUGAUCGUCAAAGUAAUAUUAUAGCAGAUCAUCGAGAUUUUAAAAGAGAUCGAGAGACACAUAGAGAUCGAGACCGGGAUCGUGGUGUUAUUGACUAUGACCGGGAUCGAUUUGACAGAGAACGCCGACCCCGAGAUGACAGGACUCAGUCAUAUCGAGACAAAAAAGACCAUUCUUCAUCCAGGAGAGGGGGGUUUGAUAGGCCAUCCUAUGACCGGAAGUCUGACCGCCCAGCCUAUGAAGGGCCAUCCAUGUUUGGAGGAGAACGAAGGACUUACCCAGAGGAACGAAUGCCCUUGCCAGCCCCUUCACUAAGCCACCAGCCUCCUCCGGCUCCCCGGGUUGAGAAGAAGCCCGAAUCAAAGAACGUGGAUGACAUUUUGAAACCACCAGGCCGAGAGAGCAGACCUGAGAGAAUUGUUGUCAUAAUGAGAGGAUUGCCUGGUAGCGGGAAGACACAUGUUGCAAAACUUAUUCGAGAUAAGGAGGUCGAAUUUGGAGGACCAGCACCCAGAGUUCUAAGCCUGGAUGAUUACUUCAUCACUGAAGUGGAAAAAGAAGAAAAAGAUCCGGAUUCUGGAAAGAAAGUGAAAAAGAAGGUAAUGGAAUAUGAGUAUGAAGCCGAGAUGGAGGAGACCUACCGUACCAGCAUGUUCAAAACUUUCAAAAAGACUCUGGAUGAUGGCUUUUUCCCCUUCAUCAUUCUGGAUGCCAUCAAUGACAGAGUCAGGCAUUUUGACCAGUUUUGGAGUGCAGCAAAAACCAAAGGAUUUGAGGUGUAUUUGGCUGAAAUGAGUGCAGAUAACCAGACUUGUGGCAAGAGAAAUAUUCAUGGAAGAAAACUUAAAGAAAUAAAUAAGAUGGCCGAUCAUUGGGAAGCUGCGCCUCGUCACAUGAUGCGUCUAGACAUUCGUUCUUUGCUGCAAGAUGCUGCUAUCGAAGAGGUGGAGAUGGAAGAUUUUGAUGCAAAUAUUGAAGAGCAGAAGGAAGAAAAGAAAGAUGCAGAAGAAGAGGAAAGCGAACUGGGUUACAUUCCGAAAAGCAAAUGGGAGAUGGACACAUCUGAGGCAAAGCUAGACAAGUUGGAUGGCUUGAGGACUGGUACUAAAAGGAAACGUGACUGGGAGGCGAUUGCCAGCAGAAUGGAGGAUUAUCUUCAGCUCCCUGACGACUAUGAUACUCGUGCUUCUGAGCCUGGGAAGAAGAGGGUGAGAUGGGCAGACCUGGAAGAAAAGAAGGACGCAGAUAGGAAAAGGGCCAUAGGUUUUGUGGUCGGACAGACUGAUUGGGAGAAGAUCACAGAUGAAAGUGGUCACCUGGCUGAAAAAGCCCUCAAUCGAACCAAAUAUAUAUGAGACUUAGUUUUGAAUGGAGUCAUUGUUUCUCUGAGGUGGUUCGCUUGGAGGUGGCCCGAAGCCAAGGCCUCGUGGAGCUUCUCUGUGUGUCACCUUGCUUCCACGUUUCAGUUUUUGUUUUGUUUCUACUGCUUUAGUUUUUUAAAGUUCUUCAGUGUCCCCAAGAGGUAUUAGGAUCUUGCUGUACCCAAGCAAGACAUUAACUUUUCUUUUUAACUCUUCUGGGGUGGGAGGGAGUGAUAGCUGAAGUGCUGAAGCCUGGUGGGGGCCACUGGAGGACUCCGAGACUGUUUCCUCCACUGUACGACGUCACAGACUAUCUCUGCCAUCACUGCUUUGUGGCUGGUUUUGUUUUUUACUGUAUGUAACUGGUAGCUGAUUGUACUAGGAUUAAAAACAAUAAACUUUCACGAUGAAGCCGAUGAGAUUCAUGGGCUAUACAGCA